AGCUCAGUCAUCAUUCGAAACUUCUACCGGCAACAUCGACUUGAAACGAAAUAUUUAGACUUUUACAAAAUGGGAAACUUAAUAAAAUUCAUAAGAAAAAUUUUUAAAAAAAACUACUCGGCAAAACAAACACCAGACAUCGAUGAGAUUUCCGGUGAAUUUGAACCGGCUUACGUAGAGACCAAGUUGCGACGUCAGUAUUUACAGACCAUGGUGGAUAGUCUACCGAUUUCAGUUCAGAGCAAGUUAGUGAUUAUGAAGAAUCUACAGCUGGAACAGCUGUGUGUCGAUAAGAAAUUCUACGAUGUCGUCUUCGAAAUGGAGAUAGACCUUAAUGCCAGCAGCGGGGAGAUGUAUCGCAAGCGUAGGGCCAUUAUCGAGGGUACCUGGCAGCCACCCGAUACGAUGCCCAAUUACAAGGUGCCAGAUCCAUUGGAACCGAAUGCGGCAGCCCAUUUUCGUGAGACCUUGGCCAAGUUCAAGUCGGUGCCGCCCCAGACCAAGGGCAUUCCCGAUUUCUGGAUAACUGUGUUUCGUAACACGUGCAUCGCCGAGAUGGUCCAGGAGCAGGAUGUGCCAGCCUUGCGCUUCCUGGUCGAUAUAUCGAUACAUUACGGCAAAAAAAAGCCCUCAUUCAUGUUAAAGUUCCAUUUUGCCAAGAAUCAUUUUUUUAAGGACUCGGCUCUUACCAAAACGUACUUCCUAAAGACGGGCAUCGAUAAUAGGGAUCCGUUCUCCUUUGAGGGUCCCCAGAUAACCCACUGCCGGGGCUGUGAAAUUAACUGGGAGCCCACCAUGAAUCUCACCACCGAGGUGUGUGAGAAGAAGCAGCGCCAUCGCGGCGACGGAGAUAAGCGCAUCAUCUAUGAGACCUAUCUGUCCGAUUCGUUUUUCAACUUCUUUAAUCCACCGCUGAUGAAGAUGCACAAAGAUGACGAUAGCGAGAAGCAUAAGAUACUGCGUGCCGAUUUCAAAAUUGCCCAAUAUCUACGCACAAGGAUCAUACCGAAGGCAGUGCUCUACUUCACUGGUGAUAUUGUCGAGGCAAAUUUCGUUCGUGAUGAGGACGACACCACCGACGAGGACAGCGACGACGAGGACGAGAAUGACUACUACGAGGAAUACGACUUCUCCGAUCCAACCGACGAAUCAUCGGUCGAGCCAUCGAUGUGAUUCUUAUAUUUAAUACGUUCUGUUCCAUUUUUAAUUUGGUUAAAAAUGUAUAUAUAUUUUGGUACAUCUAUCUAUGAGAUAUGAACUCGCAACUGAAAAGCAUUAAAAUCCAAGUAUGUACAUA